AUGAGCGGCGGCACGCAAACCGAAGCCAACACCAGCACCGACGAGGCACGAUGGAAAUACCUCGACCAAAUCAGACGGAACCCCGGCCCCUUUACCGAUCCGGACGCGACGUCGGAAGAGUUCCUCGCCCAGUUUGACAAGUUCAAAGUCUUCGGUGCGGGAGGUCUAGGAUGCGAGAUACUCAAGAACCUGGCCAUGUCGCGGUUCAGGGACAUUCACGUCAUCGAUAUGGAUACCAUCGAUAUAUCCAACCUCAACCGGCAAUUCCUCUUCCGCCGCUCCGACGUGGGCAAGUACAAGGCCGAAGUGGCGGCCCGGUUCGUCGAGCGGAGAGUCAAGGGCGUCUCGAUUACCGCCCACAAUAAGCGGAUCCAGGACUUUGACGAAUCCUUUUAUCGCCAGUUCCAGCUCGUUGUCUGUGGCCUCGACAGCAUCGAGGCGCGGAGGUGGAUCAACGCCAUGCUCGUUUCCAUUGCCGAGGAGGCCGAGGACCCGGACGGCAUCAAGCCCCUGAUUGACGGCGGGACCGAGGGCUUCAAGGGCCAGGCCCGCGUCAUUCUACCGUCCAUUACGUCGUGCAUCGAGUGCCAGCUCGAGAUGCAUGCGCCGCGAGCCGCCGUCCCGCUCUGCACCAUCGCAUCCAUCCCUCGGCAGCCAGAGCACUGCGUCGAGUGGGCCCACGUCAUUGCCUGGGACCAGGAGAAGCCCUUUCCCAAGCUGGACAAGGACGACCCCGAGCACGUCAAUUGGCUUUACCAGAAGGCGUUUGCCCGGUCGCAAGAGUUCAACAUCCCGGGCGUCACCUACUCGCUCACCCAGGGGACUAUCAAGAACAUCAUCCCCGCCAUCGCGUCGACAAACGCAAUCAUCGCGGCAGCCUGCUGCAACGAGGCCUUCAAGAUUGCGACGACGUCGGCGCCCUGCUUGGGCUUCGAGAACAAUUACAUGAUGUACUCUGGCAACGACAGCAUCUACACAUUCACCUUCAAGCACGAGAAAAAAGACGACUGCCCCGUCUGCGGCCGCCAAGCCCGCCCCCUGGACGUCGACCCCCGCAAGUCUCUGCAGGACCUCGUCGAUUCGCUGGCCGUGCGCCCCGAGGCGCAGCUCAAGAAGCCGUCGAUCCGGGCCGAGGGCAAGACGCUGUACAUGCAGUCCCCCCCCAGCUUGGAGGAGCAGACGAGACCGAAUCUGGCCAAGACGAUUGCCGAGCUCGGCCUCGAGCAUGGACAGCAGGUCGUCGUCACCGAUCCGGCCUUUCCACUCGAGUUUAACUUUGCCCUCAAGUUCAAGGCCGAGUCCUGA